AUGUCGCGCGCGCACGAUGCCGAUGGCGUUGAGGACGCGGUGCUGUUUGACGAGGACAAAACCUUGCUCCUGGACGCGCUGGAGCGACAAGCGUCGCGUGGACCGUGUCAAGGAACGCGACCGUGGGAUUUGUGGGAUCCCGCGGGCGCGCUGGCGUACGACGCGUGGAGCAUGCUGGGGAAUAUUAGCCCAGAGCGCGCGAUGGAGCUGUAUUGCGAAGUGAUAAGUUCGAGAUACGCCGAUUGGUUUGACAUGCUCGUGCGAGGUAUGAGCGAAAAACAGAAACGAGCGAUGAUUGCGACGGCGAAAGAGUGCGCGCUGGAGUAUUAUCGCGCGUUAGCGAGCGGGGCACUAGGGGAAUCGGCGCGACUGGCGCAGACGAAGGACGCUCGCCGCGCGCUCGCGUUCAAUUCCUCCACGGGACCGACGGCGUUUUUAGAUGAAAUGUUCGCCAGCGCGGCGGACGAUGAGUUUGUGAGACUUCCAAUCCUGAGCAAGGUCUCACCACGCGCGCGGUCUGGACAUAUGUCCGCUGUGGUGGACGGCGACACCAUCUUCUUCUCGCACGGUCGAGGCUCACGCUCGCGAUUACUCGGUGAUUUGUGGGCGUUCGACCUGGCCACGGGUGCGUGGGCCGAACGCAAAUUGCAGUGGCCUGGGUCGACGUGCGCGGGCGCGGCGAGCGCGACGAUAGGAUCGAAACUGUACGCCUUUAGAGGGAAAUCAGCGGAUGACUGCGACGUCGACGGUGUGUACAGUCUCACGGUGAGCGCCAUUGAUUUGACCGCCGAUUACGCGUCGAAAGAUUUCAAGUGGACGCACGUGCGUUGUGAAACAAGCGAUGAGGUUUCAACGCCUCCGCGUGCGCGAUCCGGUCACACUUCGACUGCGAUCGGCGAUCGAAUUUUCAUCUUCGGCGGCGUCGACGCGAAGACGGGAGACGACUUAGAUGAACUUUGGGAGUUCACACCGACGACGACGGUGUGGAAGAAAUUAGCGAAUGGGACGCGUCCACGAAGUUCGCACGCAGCGACGAGUGUCGACGAACGAUAUUUGCUCGUUUGCGGCGGUUCGACUGGCAAUGAGUUAUGCGAUUGCGGCGCAGUCGACGUGUACGACGUCGUCAAGGGCGAGUGGGGAACUGUCGAUGGCGACAACGAAGACGGUGAUCGCCCAUCGCCUCGCGCGGCGCACGCGUCCGUAGCGAUUGGAAAUCAGUGGUUCGUCAUUGGUGGUGGCGAUAACGAAAACGCAACCCAGGAUGCGUACACGUUCGAUUUACGAGCGUGCGUGGACGAGCGAAAGUGUCGGUGGACGCUCUUCGCGGAGUCGUGCGCUCUAAUUGGCAAGGAAGGUAUGUCGGCGAGCGCCGUGGUGUCGCCAUCGUCGAAGCGUGUGUUUUUGCUUCUCCACGGCGGUCUGAACGAAAAAGGCGCGGUGUGUGACACGAUAGCUUGUAGACUAGCGCCUCUUGCAAGCCAUUGA